AUGGUCGUAAAACUAUCUCACGCUGCGCUUUGCGUUGACGUUUACCCCGCGCUACCAAAAUCUCGAGGAAGACAAAUGGAUUGUACUGAGAAGCAAAAGCUGAAAACUCUGCCAGCUUUAGUUGAAGAUGAUUCUGAAUCGGAAUCCUUCGAGGAGCAGGAUAGAACUUACAUCCCUUACGCGGAUUUAAGGAGCCAGAAAUCAAUUUCGCCCCAGCGUAGAGUACUGCGUCGCCAGCUAGCUUUACCUUCGCUGUCUGAAGACGAGGAGCCUUGA